AUGUGGUGUAAUUCAUCAUUGACAACAAUCAUUAAUGACGUAAAAACAAACAACAAAAUAAUAACCUUUGUUGUAGUUCAAAAUAUAAAUCAAUCACAGACAUUUAUUCAGAGUUUUGAAACUAACUUAGCACCAUUUCUUAUUCAACAAGGAUCAUACAUUAUGUUAUUUGAAGAACGUGAUGAGAGAUUGGCGUUACUAAAACUAUUUUUACCAGAACCUGUUCUUUCAACUUCAAUAAUAAUACUUAAUAAAUCUGGAGUUGUUUUGUUUCAAAAAGAUGAAGCCAUUAACUCGUCUUAUAUUGCGUCAACUGUUCUUCAAUUAAAUUUACAGACCAAUGCACCUAAAGACCUCCCUACACAACAAAUAAAAAGAGAAGAAGAAAAAGAAGAGGACAGUACAAUAAAAAAAGAUAAAAAAACUAAUGAAGAAACUAAAGAAUAUCAUAAAAAAGUAACCUCUGUGAAUGAAAUACUAAGAAAAUUACCAUCAAAUCAUAAACAAAAAAUGACUUUAUUCGAAACAAGAAAAAAACAACUUAAUGCAGAACAACAACUAAUAGAAAAACGAAGAAAAGAAGAACAAGAAAGGUGUUUGAAAGAACAAAAAGAAGAAGAGAAAAGAAGAAAAGAAGAACAAGAAAAUAAAGAAAAAGCAAUUCGAGAAAUGAAUGAAAUAAAGAAGUUAAAAGCAAUUCAAAACUUUGAAACAGAAGAAAAAAUGAAAGAAUUACAAAAAAUUAAAACACAAAAACAAAUAGAAAGCACUAGUAAUUUUUAUAAUGGGAUAAUUAAAAUCAAAUUUAGAUGUCCUAAUGGUAAAAGCGUUAUGCAUGAGUUUUAUCCUACUAAUUCAGUUCAUGAGAUUUAUGAAUAUGUUAGAUCUAUUUAUUAUAACAAAGCAUUUACAAUCACUGAUAUGAAAGGAAACCAUUUUCCUGAGACUAACCUCUCAUUGCAACGUGUUGGAAUUAAUGGUUCAGUCAUAUUAAACAUUAUUAAUCAAUUGUAA